AUGGAUGCGUAUAACCCAUCGCUCGACACCGUCAGUGAUGGCGCACUCCAAGCUAAGGCAUGGGAGCAGUACAAGACGAACGGAACCGCGGGCGGACCAGACGACGCAUCGCAUGGGAACGAAACGCUCGAAGAUGAGCUGAUCGAGGAGAAGAAGAAGGAGUACGGCAAGCAUUAUCCGAGCGUGUGGACGAAAGAACCGCACGGAGGGGAGUAUAGGAUCGACAAAGGCCCAGACGUGCGCAGAGGGUACGAUGCGCUCGAGCAGCACAGUGAUGGAACGAUGAUAGCUCGAGCGCCGGGGUACGAGAAGCCUCAGAGCGGGCCGACGACAAACUUUGUCGGCAACCAUAUGACACAAGGGGCGAUUGAUUUAGUGCAAUACGAGCUGACGAAGAUCGACCCGAACAGAGAAGUCUUCAGAGCGCGACUCGAUCGCGCGCGAGGCGUCGAACGCAAAUUACCUGAACUCUUAUCAGUGACGACGGCGGAUGUUGGCGUGCGAGAAGAACGCACUGGGAUUGAAAAAUUUACUUGGUGGGAUAGCGACGGUUCCAUCACGCUAAAGAUACCUCAUACAUCAUUGUGUGACGACGUGCGUUGGAAUGACAUCGCACUGAAGUACGGCGAUCGAAGCCUUCUCAUCGAAAUUCCAAAGGCAACAUCGUCCGCGAUCGCAAAGCGUGAGUUUGUGUUGAAAAUUGAUCGUCUAUAUGGUGCCAUAGUGCCAGAUAAAUGUACGCACAUCGUAACAGACGAGUGUAUUCUACUGAUGUUAGUAAAAUUGAACGAUGCGAUGCGAUGGCCGAAUCUAGAGGCUCCAUAUGUGAAGGCCCUUCCCGCAAAUACAAGUACAGAAAUGACUCGAGCGAGUCAUUCGAGUAUUGAUUUACGAGCGCUUCGUACCGAAAUGAUCGCCAAAAGAGAAGGAAAGUUGAUAUCCAUGAUGAACUGGCUCAAUAAAAAGCCAUUCAAGGACGAUAAAAGUGAGCUUGAAGCCAUGGCCGCUGAUGUUGCCCUGAUGAGAGUCGCGUCGCAAUUCGAAUGCGGUGACUACGUUGAAGCCCUCACUACUAUCACUCGCGGUCUACGACAUUCGAACAUAUCUCCAGCUGAUCAACUUGAAUUGUUGAACUAUCGUGCGUACGCAAAUAUCCAGCUCGGUUCCCUCAAGGACGCUAUAUCAGACUACUCAGAAAUGUUCGAAAUCAAGCCGAACGCCGACACGCUUUUCAAACGAGCGACCGCCCAUGAACAACGAGAAGAUUACGAAGCUGCUCUAUUAGAUUACGAAGCCGCUCUUAAGUUUGACAUGGCUAAUGCGAACAUUCGUCAAGCCAUACGACGCGCGCGCGAGUUAGUGACGCAAAAUAAUCGAAUGAAAGCAGUCGAUUCAAAACGUCGCGAGAAAGACGAUGGCGAGCGAAGCGUACCGCGACCUUGCAUGCGUCAAUUCGAGAUUCGUGGAAAAGCCGGAGCGUGCUUCUAA